AUGAACCCUCGCGAGUGCGCAGAUGAAAAUCUGCCUCCCGACAAUCGUGGAAAAGAAGACGCGUCGCCGACAACUCUCGACUCCAUCUGGAUCGAAAAAUACAGACCCGAAACGCUCGACGAUGUCGUGGGAAACGAUCAGGUUAUGCGCCGGCUGCGCAUCAUCGCAAAAGAGGGAAACAUGCCGCACCUCAUGCUCGCCGGACCGCCAGGGACGGGGAAGACUUCCAGUGUGCUCUGUCUCUGCAAGCAGCUGCUGGGUAGCCGGUGGCGAGCAUGCACGCUGGAACUCAAUGCUUCCGAUGAACGCACGAUCGACGUCAUCCGCGAGAAAGUCAAGCAUUUCGCCAAGGAGAAACGCGACCUUCCACCUGGAAGGCACAAGAUCGUUAUUCUCGAUGAAGUCGAUGCCAUGACAGAAGCUGCCCAGCAGGCGCUUCGUCGAAUCAUGGAGCAAUUCAGCGACACCACUCGCUUCGCGCUCGCGUGCAAUUCCUCGGCUUCUGUCAUCGAGCCGCUGCAGUCCCGGUGUGCAAUUCUUCGCUUCCGCAAACUGGACGAUGCCCAGCUCGUCCGUCGUCUUCGCCAAGUGUGUUCGAUGGAAGCUGUGCAAGUGACCGACGACGGCAUGGAGGCAAUUGUCUUUUGCGCCGAUGGAGACAUGCGCAGUGCUUUGAAUAACCUGCAAUCAACUGUCUCCGCGUUCGGAAUCGUCAACAGAGAAAACGUCGAAAAGGUGUGCGACAAUCCACCUCCAGAAGCCGUGCGCGCGAUGCUCCUGGAGUGUUUGGCGGGGAAGUGGCGGGCGGCCCACGACAUUGCGACCGAGUUGCUUCAUCGCGGCUACACGCCGAUGGAUGUGGUGUUGACGACGCGGUCGGUGCUCAGCCGCUUCGACAACGAGUGCAAAGAGCACAUUCUCCUCGAGUAUCUCAAAUAUGUCGGCCUCACACACAUGACUAUGGCGUCUGGUCUCAGCACCCCGCUGCAGCUCGACAAGAUGCUCGCGAACCUCUGUCGGGUGUCGCUGGUCCUCCCAGCGUAA